CACCACUCAGUAGUCCGCAGAGACAUACCUUCAAUGUGAUGGAACCUCCAAACCUCCACACAUAACAAAGAUGAUUAUAAUAUCCUCAGCACUCCUCCUUGCGAUUGGACUACUCACACAGACCAGCGUGGGGCUGUUCAGUGUGCACGAUGACCUGCUUGCAUUUCCCCAGUAUGAGAUACAGUUCCCGGAAUCAUUCGUUACGCCCGCGGAAGCCGAAGCGAUCCUCUCACAGGCGCAGGCACGUACCGGCAGCAGUAAUCGCCAACAGCAGCCGCUGGGAGGCGACUCCGACUCCGCCGCUAGCGACGACCUCACCGAGUCCUACGAGCUGAUGCGAAUGUCCGACCGGUCCUUCCUCUGCGCAAUUCCCGUUGUGCGGCCCCCACCGCCCAUGAACGCGACGGAGAAGGAGCUCUCCAAGGUCGAGGAAGAGAAGGAGCUUGCGCGCGCUACCACGCGCGGAUGGGAAUUGCUCUCGGAUCUGGAAGGGAAGUGCUUGUACUUUGUGUCGGGGUGGUGGAGUUACUCGUUCUGUCACAACCGUGAGGUCAGACAGUUUCACCAGUUGCCGCCCCAGCAGAAUAAUCAGUGGCCGCCAACGGAGGACCCCGAGACGCAGUCGUAUGUGCUUGGGCAAGCGCCGCAGGAUGGCAGCAGGAAUCCUGGGGAGGGGACGGAGCUUCAGGCGACCGGGGAGUUGAGGUAUCUUGUGCAGAAAUUGGGCGGGGGGACGGUUUGUGAUCUUACUGGGAAGGAACGGAAGAUUGAAGUUCAGUUCCACUGCAAUUCCCACGGACCCGACCGCAUCGACUGGAUCAAAGAAGUCUCCAUCUGCUGCUACCUGAUGGUGAUCUACACGCCCCGCCUCUGCAACGAUGUCACGUUCCUUCCUCCGCGAGACAACAAAGUCAAUGGCAUCACCUGCCGUGAACUGCUAAGUCUCGAGCAGCAGGAGGACUUCGUCAAGCGCAAGGUGAAGCAGGAACAGGCCGAUGCCCUCAAGAUGCUGGAGAAUGCCCAGAAGGCUCUGGACGCGGAGAAAAUCGUCAAGGACAAGAAACUGGAGGAUGUCGUGUUUGUGUAUCAGGACGGUCUGUGAAGCGCAGGAAGGUAGAUGCAGAUGUGCGCUGUAUGAUAUAAGUUGAUUUUCAUAACGCUUGUUCAAGCCUGCUUGCAUGCAGGACAGUG